AUGGACAUGGCGAUGUCCCCAGCAGCAGCCGCUUCUGCCAUGUCGGCCGCGCUCCACAUCCCGGCCUGCAGUUUCACGGUGCACUCUUCCCCUCCGGACCACUUUGUCUUCUUCUUCUCUAACUCCGGUGACAGAGAUCUUGCUCUCGCGCGCUCCCCGAUUCCGGCAGCCUCGCGUCAGCUCAUCCUCUGUCCGUGGUCGCGGUUAGCUCUGGCGUCCGCCUUCCCCUUGCCGUUCAGGGUCUCUCUCGACCUGGAGGGCAUCCCGGUGCACGCCUGGAACCCUUCCACUUCGGCGGCCCUCAUCGCACCCUGCCGGCUGAUCUCCCUCGACACGGCGGCCGGUCGGCCAGAGGACUACCAGCGUCUCGGCGUCUCGGCGCUCGCCCCCGACCUAGCCCUCAUUCCGAGGGAGAAGUUCCUCCUCAUCCCGGAGCCGGCGCUGCCGUCCGGCGUCCCUACGCUGCUACAGUACCAGAUUUUCAUCCGGGUGCGGGCGGCAUCCAGGGUGUCGGCCACGGCGGCGCUUCUUCCUCCGGGCAGCGAGCCGCCCCCCCACGGUGGCCCUGGCCCCUCCUACGAGCCCAACGCCGGCGCUGCCCCCGGCAGGCGCGGCGCUCGUUCCCCGUCGUCGCGACCCGCUUCGCAUGCGGCCGCCGGUGACUCCGCCCCCGCCCGAGAUGAUCCGUUCAUGCGCUCCUCUCGUCGGCGCCCCUCUCGUCCUGGUGGCGCGCCGGCCAUGGCGGUGCGUCCGGCCGCGCCUGGCGGGUCGGCGUCGGCGUCGCUCUCCGAGGGCGGCCCGCCCGCGGCGAGGGUGGAUGCGGGGUCCACUCCCGGGUCAGACGCUGCUCCCGCUGCUUCCCCGCAGGUGGCAGCUUUGUCGGCUUUAGCCCCUGCCACCCUGCCGCCGCCAGUGCGCCGCUCUCAGGGUAUUCCUCGCCAGUUGCUGCAAACCCCUACCCCCGGCUCUGCUACCUGCUCCACCGUCGCCGCCACCUUUGGUAUGCCGGCUGAGGCUGCGAAGGUGGUUCCGAAGCGAAGCAAGCGGAUUGCGGCCAUGCUCGCCCGCUCCGGUUCUGGUGAUGCGAUCACUAGGGCGCAGCGCGUUCUGGUGCUCAAGCUCGGCCUAGCACCGGAGGCUGGGCCGAUCCCGCCGUGUGCCAUGUCUGACCUCGACGCCCUCUUCGCGAAGCCCCUUCCGCAGGACCACAUCGUCGCGCUCUCCAAGCUCUUCUCCAGUUCCCCGCCUUUCCUCCAGGCGACCGAGCAGCUUGCUCUUGCGGAGUUCUCUCUUUCUGCUAGGGUGCGUCACCACGCGGAGACCGUCCCCUGGUGGCUCACUAUCGUCUAUGGUCCCCAAGAGGAACCUGAUAAGCUUCGCUUCCUAGACGAGUUGCGGUCUUUGCGCCCCUCCCUCGCAGGCCCCUGGGCCGUGGCGGGUGAUUUUAACCUCAUCCUUGAGGCUCGUGAUAAGAGCAACUCGAACAUCAACCGACGCAUGAUGGGACGCUUCCGUCGUCUGAUUGAUGAGCUGGAUCUUCUUGAGCUCCCACUGCGGGGUUGUCGUUACACCUGGAGCAGUGAGCGGGCCUCUCCUACCCUUGUCAAGCUAGACCAGGUCUUCUACUCCUCGGAGUGGGAGGAGCUCUUCCCCUCUUGCCUCCUUCAAGCGGCAUCUUCAGUUGCUUCUGACCACUGUGGUCUUUUGCUCCACACCUGCGUGGGCUCGCCUAAAGCGCACCGGUUUCGCUUUGAGGCUUUCUGGCCAUCCCUUGAUGGUUUCCUCCAGGUUGAAGAAGAUGCGUGGCACCCCCCUGCCAACCUCCCCCCUCUCGCAGCGCUAGCUUGGUGCCUCUCUAACACGGCAAAGCGCUUACAGAGCUGGAGCGAUCGACACGUCGGCAGUGUCCGUAUCCAGCUCCUGCUAGCAAAGGAGAUCGUGUUUCGCUUCGACGUGGCGCAAGAGAGCCGCCCGCUCUCCCCUCUUGAAGCCUGGCUGAGGAGAGACUUAAAGCUUAAGUGUCUAGGUCUUGCCUCGUUGGAGCGCACCAUAGCGCGCCAGUGUUCGCGCUUGCUCUGGCUUAAGGAGGGUGACGCCAACACCAAACUUUUCCAUCAGCACGCCAGAGCAUGGAGAAGGAAGAACUUCAUUUCCCGCCUCCGUCAGGGGAAUCUGCGCGCCAUCACCCAAGGAGAGCUUCAAGAGCUAGCCUCUUCUCACUUCUGCAGCAUCAUGGGGACUUGCGUGGACCGCGAGCUGGCCCUAGACCUUCACUUUCUCGGCCUUCAGACCACCCCCCUCGAGGGACUAGACAGCCCGAGGGAGAUCCUGGCGGCGCUCAACUGCCUCUUCUUGGCUAACGGCCAAGGCUUCGAUCGCCUAAAUGACGCCUUGAUUGCUCUCCUGCCAAAGAAAGAUGAGGCCGUGGAAGUUGGGGACUUCCGGCCGAUCAGCCUCAUCCAUAGCUUUGGGAAGCUAUUUUCCAAGAUCCUCGCCUCCAGGUUGUCCCCCCGCUUGGAUGCUUUGGUUGAGGUGAACCAGAGCGCCUUCGUCAAAGGGCGCUCCAUCCACAAUAACUUCUGCUUUGCCCAACUGGCGACAAAGGCGCUGCAUGCCAAGCGCACCCCUCGCCUUCUUCUCAAGGUGGACAUUGCCAAGGCCUUUGACACAGUUAGCUGGCCUUUCCUGCUGGAGGUGCUCGCCCACCUAGGGUUCAAUCCGCUGGCGCGACUGGUUCUCUAUCAUCCUGGGUACCUCCUCUUCCCGGGUGCUGAUCAACGGAAUGUCGGGACCCCGCUUUCCUCACCGAAGGGGCCUUCGCCAGCACGACCCCCUUUCCCCAUGCUUCUCAUUUUGGUCAUGGACGUGCUCAAUGCGCUGUUGUGCAAAGCCGUUGAUACGGACGGGUUUCUCCAUUGGGACCUUGAAUUUGUUCAAGGCAUCCUCUCGGUCUUUGGCCUGGCCUCUGGCAUACGUACCAACUUCUCUAAAUGCUCGAUCACCCCAAUCUGCUACUCAGCAGAGGAUCUUGAUUUGAUCCGUUCCUCCUUCCCCUGCUCAAUCUCUGAUUUUCCUUGCUCUUACCUCGGAAUCCCCCUCUCGGUCUGGAAGCUCCCAAGGUCGGCCUUGCAGCCGCUAGUCGAUAAGGUUUCUCGUCGUCUACCCCCGUGGAAGGGUCGACUGCUCUCCCUUGUCGGCCGCAAGGUGUUGGUCCAGUCGGUGCUCUCCUCCAUCCCGGUGCAUGUGGCCAUCUCGGUCGGCCUACCGGCUUGGGCUGUGAAAGCCAUCGACAAGAAGCGUCAUGCUUUCCUUUGGACAGGAUCUGACUCCGUCCAUGGGGGACAAUGCAAGGUGGCAUGGGCAAACGUCUGCCGCCCAAAAGCUCUGGGAGGGUUAGGGAUCCUGAACUUGAGGACUGCUGGUUUCGCCCUACGGUUGCGCUGGCUUUGGCUUCAACACUCGGGUCACCCCUAUUGA